CCUUGCAUUUCGUCCUGCACUGUAAAGAAAAUUAAGGCUGUAUCCAGCUAACUUUGGUUUCUUGCUUCAGUAUGGAUUUUGUAUUCAAGGCAACACUUUAUCUUUCUUUGCUAGUCAACUUCCUAGUAUCCGCCGCGGCUGAGCCUCCAGUUCUCGGUAGACGUUGGCCAGGGGCUAGUGGCAAGCCAUUAAUGGACUUACUGGAAAAUGGGGACCCUGAUCUUGUGACUGACUUGCCUGGUCAGCCCAAUGUGACCUUCCGCCACUAUGCUGGCUAUGUCACUGUGAAUGAAACGAACGGAAGAGCUCUCUUUUACUGGUUCUAUGAGGCCACCACGCGGCCUGAAGAAAAGCCAUUGGUGCUGUGGCUUAAUGGAGGUCCCGGGUGUUCUUCUGUGGGAUAUGGAGCAACACAGGAGAUUGGUCCCUUUUUAGUGGACACAAAUGGCAGUGGACUUAAAUUUAAUCCUUUUUCAUGGAAUAAAGAAGCCAAUAUGUUAUUCUUGGAGUCACCCAUUGGAGUUGGCUUUUCUUACUCCAAUACAAGCAGUGACUUUGUAAAUCUGGGAGAUGAUUUUACAGCAAAUGAUGCUUAUACGUUUCUGCACAAGUGGUUCCUCAAGUUUCCAACAUACAGAAAUAGAACCUUUUACAUUGCUGGUGAGAGCUACGCAGGAAAAUAUGUUCCAGUGUUAGCUGAGCUUAUCAUUGACAAGAACAAUAAUCCUUCCCUUUAUAUUGAUCUCAAGGGCUUUUUGUUGGGAAAUCCUGAAACAUCUACUUCCGAUGACUGGAGAGGUCUGGUGGAUUAUGCGUGGAGCCAUGCGGUGGUUUCAGAUGAAACUCACCGAAUAAUCAAUAGAAGCUGUGAUUUUAACAGCGAUAAUCCAUGGAGCAGCGAUGAUUGUAGUGUUGCGGUGGCUGAAGUAUUCAAACAGUACAAGGAGAUUGAUAUCUACAGCCUCUACACCUCAGUUUGCUUGAGCAAUACGACAGAUUCAGCUGACAGAUUUUAUGAACUAAUGAUGUCUCGAACUUCUAACAUGAUGCCUAGGAUAUUAGGAGGCUACGAUCCAUGUCUGGAUAAUUAUGCAAAAGCUUUCUACAACAGACCGGAUGUUCAAAAGGCUCUACAUGUUAGUGAUGGUCAGCUGCUGAGGAACUGGAGCAUCUGCAAUUAUACCUUAUUUAAUGUGUGGAAAUAUUCGUUUCCAACUGUUCUUCCUAUAUACACAAAGCUUAUCAAAGCGGGACUUAAAAUAUGGAUUUACAGUGGCGACACAGAUGGAAGAGUUCCAGUACUCUCAACAAGAUACUGCUUGAAAUCUUUGGGAUUGCCCAUAAUUAAAUCCUGGAGGCCAUGGUAUCACCAGAAGCAGGUAAGCGGGUGGCAUCAAGAAUAUGCUGGGCUUACAUUUGCAACAUUUAGAGGGGCUGGCCAUGCGGUGCCAAUCUUCAAACCAAGUGAAUCGCUCGCACUCUUCUCAUCCUUCUUACUUGGGCAAUCUCUAGCUUCUGUAAGAGAAUAAUAAAUUAAACCAACCGCUUUAAACUCCAAAGGUUCUGUUGUAGAAUACAGAAAAAGAUUGAAAAUAACAAGAGCUGAAAAAUAAAUUGUUCUUCUUUCCUCCU